AUUUCACUGAUGGAAUUGGUCACAGAAAAAAAACUGGCUAUGAUGUUAGAUCUGGAGAUUGGGAAAUGGUGGGUGAUAAUUUGAAAGAGAAUGAAACCCCCCUUCAAACUUAUAACAGACUUCAGUUUGAAAUUAAGAAGCUUUUUGAAGAUGUUAAUGCUAUGAAAGAAUCAUCUGAUAAAGGAAGUGAAUUACCUCCAAUAGUCCUUUUUCAACAGAUUGAGGAUCUUCAGAAAGAAUUGCAAGAAUUUCACAUGGAGAAAGUUCUCGGUUCCGAAGCUAUUGCUGAAAUGUCUGAUCCCCUAGGAUCUUUGCACAAGAAACUUGUAUCACAGCUGGAGGUUUUUAAAAGUUCUCCCGCACCACCUGAGAAGUCUCCUCCCCUCAGUACUGAAGACGCUAUAAAAUACGAACUCUUUGUGAGACCCGAUCAAGACAAAUUGGAACAGUCUUCUAAGUCUGCAAUCAAGUUGCUGUCGUCGAAGUUGAAUCUUCUGGAACCGAUGUAUUUGGAUCAAGUCGAAAAUCGAUUGGUCGUGCUUCACCAGUGUAUGCAACAGGUUGCUGAAAAAAAGCACCAAAUAGAGGAUGCAGAUAAGAGGAAUAAGGUUGCGGAACUCUACGAUUUAGUGAAGAGAGUUCACGAGUUAGACGAGUGCCUUCCUCAAGUGGUAAAAAGACUUGUCGCCUUAAAAGAACUUCAUGAACAGUCUCUUCAAUUCAGUAAAGCUUUAACGCAGCUGGAUUCUUCGCAGCAACAUAUAACCAACUCAUUGAAAUUGAAUGAAACAAUGAUGAAAGAGGUUCAAUCAACUUUCCUGAAAAACAGUGAUAUGAUUGAAAGAAACAUUGAAAGUUUGAAUGCAAGAAUAACCGCCCUGAAGUAGCUUCUGCGCUGAAUAAUUAUUAUUAUUGAAAUAUGACUUUAUAAAUUGUGUGUGUUUGUGGCCUCCUUUAUUGACUUAUUCCAAUGAAUUAGAAUGAAAAGGUUAUACUGUCUGCAAACAAAUAUCGCUGGUAAUAAAAAAUGGAAUUAAGCAAAAAUGAAGACCGAAAUUUAAAAUCGAAAAGCCCUAAAAGCAGCAUGUCACCAAAAUUGUCUUUAGUACACAGUUUAAUUAAAUGGGAUAGAACUUAAAUAUAUAGAGCAAAACGAACUUUCAAAAUAGAAGCACAUCAGCAAAGACAGUACUUCACUGUCCUGCUAACAUGCCUUACUGUAGUCAGUGGUUCAACCAAAAACUAACUCUGCCACAUAAUGAAAGAUAAAAUAAGAAUACUUUAGAAAUUCAAGGAUUAAAAUCAAAAGGAAAAUCCAGAAAAACAUGCAGUCGAACCUCAUUAAUGUAAAACCGCUUAACAGGGAAAUAUUGCUUUACACAUGAUUUCUCCUGUGAAUUAUUGUUGUUUUACAUGUUUAACAUGAAAUUUUCGAGCUGAUUAUUGCUUAAAUGCACAGAUAAUAAGCAUGUGAAUAAAUCCUUCAUGUUGAGGAAUGCUAUUUUUUUCCUUCAGGGGUGAUUGUAUUCCCGGUUUUUCAUAUCAUCUGUCCAGCUCUAGGAGCAGGGCAUGUGAGUUUUUGAGAAAUUCCGCUUAUCUCAAGACUUGACUCACGGACUUCCACGAAUCAAAACUUAUAAUCCAACGAAAUUUAAAUUUUGAAACCAUCACUAAAUUGCGUUGGCAAAACAAGUGAUAUUUGAGACUACUCCGGAAUCCGCUAAUAUCGCGAUUCAUAUUUACAUGAUUUUAAUAUCAAACAUCGAUUUUCGUAUUUACCUGAUUUAAAUCAUUAAUUGUGAAUCAACGUAUUCACGGGAUUUAAAAAUCCAACAUAGCAAUUUGUCUUUAAACGUUUUUGACAUCAAUAUCGCGAUUCCUAUUUAUUCGAAUUUAAAAUCCAAUAUCGCUGGCCGACCUAGUCGUAUUCACAGUAUCUGAAAUUCAUGGCAAAUAAAUAAAAUAGUUAAAAUUUUUAGCUUAUUUUAAUUUUUUUGCUUCAUAAUAGUAUUGUUUGCAUGCAUUAAUGUAGUACAUAACAGUAUCGGAUAAAACAAAAUUAGGUUAGCGCGGAAUAAUUACGAUAGUCCCGUCGAUUUUGCAUUAACGAAGUUAGAUUGUAUCUAAAACCGCAUAAGCCAAAAGUUCUCUGGGGAAAAGAAGUCAACAUAUAAUAUCUACAAAUAGAAAGUGACAGUUAAAGCCCCCCCCCCCAAAUAAUAAUUGCCAAAUCUUUAAAGCAUCAAAGUGGAAUUAAAUCAUCUCAGUACUGUCCUCUGUUGAAUAAAAAAGAAAAUAUAAGUGAAUCAUCACCUCAUACUUAUGCGGACUUCAAGAUCCACUGAAUUAAGUAAACUCCUUUAAAAUAUUUUGAAUUAAUAGAUUAUAGUUACAAAAGUUGAGAAGAAAAUUAUUAUUAUAUCAAUAAUGUGGUCAAUAAUAAUAAAUUAAUUCUUUAUACCAAGUUGAUAAUGUGUCUGUAAACAUAUUAAUCCAUAGAGUAACUCAAAAUCAUUCAUUUGUUUUUUUAAAAAAAAACUAAAUAAUAAUUAAUAUAAUAAAUAUUUUUAUAAAUAAUAAUUAGAUAUUUUUACGUUAGUACAUUAAAAAUUAUUAUGAAAAGCACUUUAAUUCUUAAUUAAUAAAGCACUUUAAUUAUAGAAAUAUUUUUUUGUCUGAUCUCAUAAUUUUUUUUUUUUUUUUGAUCUCAUAAUUUCUUUAAUACAUACCUACAUAGUCACUCGAACUUGAAUCUUUUUAUGGCUAGAAUUUAAUGUUAUUUUGCCUAAUUGUUUUCCUAACUCUUGACUUUUAGUUUAACUGACCUUUGCAAAGUUGUCUGUUGCCUUGAGGGUUCUAAUCAAAACUCCUUGGGGUAACUGUUUUGUGGGUCCUUUACCAAAUUGUCUUCAUUGUAUUAUCUGGGGGAAAUAGCCAGAGAUCUUUAACAUUAGAGAAAAUUUCAGUUGUAGAAGAUGUUCUUUCCGUCAUUUAUCCAUUACCAGAUUUAGAAGGCAGGCAGUAUGUUUUUUUUAUUCUUAUCUUAAACAACUUUUAAUGGAAUUGUGUUUACAAAAACCUUUUUAGAAAUUUUCUUCACUCUGCUUUAUUUCUGGUGUAGGAGGUUUUGUAACAUUUUAUAAUUCUGAUGUAUAACUGUAAUUAUGAAAAUUCUGUAUAUAUAAUUUAUUAAGAAUUAAAUUUGCUAAUUUUUGUUUCA